CAGUUUAACUGUACCGAAGUUUAAUGCAUUAUAUGCUUUAACAGGUACGUUGAAAUUCUACAUACCCGGACGAAAUACCGAACCUACUUCGCGUAGCGGUCUCGGUUUAUGGGCAAGGUAAAAUAAAUGAGACAACUCGCCUUUUAGGGUAAAAUAUGUUUGAUUACUAAAGAAACUGACUUGAUUUUCAAGAUGACAUCGAAAAAGGAUUCUAGUUUCUACAUUCAGAGCAAGGAGAAUGCUUUCCAGAUUCCUGAUUUGAAGACGGCAUUUGAUGUUCUUCGACUGCUAGAGAUCAACGCAAAAGGAAUGGGCAUUAAAAAUAAGGACGAUGCUAUAAGGAUCAUCAUUGAGAAAAUUAAUAAAGGACUUGACCCUAAUUCAUAUAAGAAAGAGCCGUCGAAAGGUUUGAAAAAGGCUAUAGAAGAUGAUCAGAAUCACAAGAUGAAACUUGUCGCCAAGUACGAGGGCGUCCAUAAACUCUACAACGACUUGCCUGCUAACUACAAAAGAGAUCUGAAGCAGGUGUUUGCCGGUAUUGAAGAAAUGUUCGAUGCUCGGAAAAAUGAAAUCAAAAGAAGCGAAUGCACUAUUUUAGUCGUUGGUGAAACAGCAUCAGGAAAAAGCAGCUUGAUCAACCUGCUACUCGGACAGUCUCUGAUGCCGACUUCCGCUCUAGGGUGCACGGCCACUGUGGUGGAGAUCCGCACAACCAGGGAUCCCAACAAGAGGGAGGCCGUCGGAUACUACCGGUCGCAGUAUGACAACAACCAGAAGAGGAAAUCUCCGCCGAUUGUGUUUGACCUGCGCUCUGACCGAGGUAUUCAGCAGUUUCAGGCGGCUGUUGCGGACAGCGACGAGGACGGCUACUCACCGUACGACCGCAUAGAGGUCACAUGGCCCUUCGGAAUGCUUGAGGAGGGCCUGGUGAUAGUGGACACACCAGGUAUCGGUAGUGGUGGCAAGAUGAGCCAUUAUGUGGAGAAAUACCUUGCCAAGUCUUACGGCUUCAUCUACGUCGUGAAUAGUGCUAACGCCGGCGGUGUUCAGAAAGGCAGGCUCCAAAAUUUCCUUCGCAUGGUGGUAAAUGCCGCGGGCGAGGAAGGGUACAGCUCCGAAUCGACCAUGUUUGUGUGUAACCGGUGGGAUAUGGUUCCCGAUAAGGACCGGGACGCAGUGAAACACGACACAUUUGACAAGCUCAACAAAUACUUUCCCGACCUGCACCGCUCACAGGUCCACUACAUGUCCAUCACAGAGGCCCAGAAAGCCGUCUCUCUGCGGACGAGUACAAGUGAAUACACGACCAUGUUGGAUAUGGUGGAGAAACUGCUCCCUGACAGUCUCCGCUCAAGAUUGAAUACGCACUACAAAUGGCUGACUGCAGUCCUAAAACGUAUGAUCUACAUCCUGAAAGUCUCAAAGGUGAUGGCUGCCAAGUCCAUGGAAAAGAACAAAGAGGAAUUCCAACAGAUCAAGGUUCAGAUCGAGCGACUGGAACAGAACUCCAAGGACAGCAUCAACUACCUGAAGACGAACAUCGCUAGUGAGUCUGACAUCGUCGCCCGCAAGGUUGUAGAGGUCCUCCAGUCACGUGCCAUGGCCGAGCGUCUCUUCGACUGGAGGCCAGAGGAGCUGCCGAAAGAAGACAAGAAAAAGGUUGCUGGUGACGCACUGGAAAAGAUCGCCAACAAGAUCGCGUACGAGAUGAACAUCUGGGAGAGGGACAACAACAUCAUCGGCGGCAUAAAAGAGAAGAUCAUCCGAGUCUGCAAAAGGGAUUUUGAGCUCAUGGAAAACCAAAUUGCGAAGAUUGAAGGUGCACUUCUUGACGGCGACAGUAGAAUUGUCAAAGACCUCCACAAGUCUAUACGAAACCCGGCUCCCGUAAAACAGGUCUGGUCAAAAGCAAAAGUCAAAAGUAUGGACGAAGACAGUAGCACAUACAAAGGUCUAGGAGGAAUGGUAGCUAGUGUGGGAACCAUUAAAGCAGGAGAUAAAGCAAUGAAGAAAAUAUUUUCAGAUUAUAAGUUAAAAAAUAUUCCAAAAUGUGUGCAGUUAAUGCAAGACGCCAUGAAAGCAUUUCUCGAUAGCAUUUUCCAGAGUAAAAACCUGCAGGAAAAGGUUUUGAAGUUUUUCAAUCGGUUUGUUAAGGACAUCGACGCUGUUGCUAAAAUGAUUCCAGAUUUUCUAAAAGCUGACUUAGAAUUGAUGGAAAUUCUCAAAAGCGAGUUGAGUGACACACAGAACAACCUUCGGGAGCUGUUUCCAAUGCUGUUGCACGAGAGCCACGUACUUCUCGGUCAGUGCGACAGUUUCUAUGUCAACUUCAUAAUGAGGUUUGACUAUGACCUAUCCGACCUGAUCUGGGACUCUCGCGGUACCCCCGUGGGGUCUGGGAGUUUUGCGGAUGUGUACAUAGCUAGCAUAAAGACCCCCAAGCAGGGAACCAUUCCUGUUGCCCUAAAGGUAUGCAGAGAUCCACUAAAAGAGAACACAGUUACCGAUAUUCUACUGGAAGACAGGACGCUAAGGGAGUUGGACCACCCGAACGUGGUGCGGUAUUACGGUGCUACGUACAGAUUCCGUAACCCAAAUCUGCAGAAGGAGAUGCAGUGGAUCAUGAUCAUGGAGGUAUGCAAGUACACUAUGAAACAGAAGUUUGUCGACCCGCAACGUAGCAACCCUGGGAAGUGCGUGGCCUGCUCCCCCUCUCAAGUAGACAAUAUGGUGGCCAUGGCGGACGUUGCGCUACAAUUGUGUCGCGGUGUAGACUACCUUCAUCAAAAAGGAUUCGUGCAUAGGGAUCUGAAGCUUGAGAACAUUCUGGUGACGGAGAAGAACAUAGUGAAGUUGACGGACGUGGGGCUCACGAAGCAGGCGACAGACAUCGCCCAGAGCCUCGUCGGCAGUCCCGUGUAUAUGGCACCUGAGGUCCUUCUUCAGUCUCAGAACUACAACCACAAGGCGGACGUGUACAGCCUGGGGAUCAUCUUCUGGGAGAUGUGGUACGGCCAGGACGCCGCUGACUAUAUCCAGCAACAGCUCUUCACCACACUAGAGAAGGCCAUCAAGGACGGACUCCGCCCGUCGCUGAAGCUGUCGACAAAGCCCCCGGAGCCUUGGAUCGAGCUCAUUGAGCGCUCAUGGGCCUACAACCCGGAGGACCGGCCCAGUGUCAGCACUCACAUCAAGUUCUUUGAGGGGUUCAUUCAUGACAGUCGCAGAAUGUGAUAAAAUACUUUUAACGAGACACAUUUCUUAUAUACGCACACAUUGUUUUAUGAUUCGGUCAAAGAAUACGAUUGACCUUAUUUGUUUAAUGUAUUCACCUGUCUUGUGAGGAUUUCUGCAGAGUGAAAUUCCUGCAUAGGUUGAGUCGCAUGUUUUAUUGAGUGAUUUCUGCAAUAUUUGCACAAAAUGAGAUGGAAUAAUCCUGGUAGUUUUACACCUCCGUCGAAUGAAUCGACGUCUACCAUGUGCCAUAAUUCCGUUUCUCACAGUUAUAGGUCAUAUAUACAUGCAAAGAGAGGACGAUUCUUUAUACAGGAACUAUUGAUAGCAAACUAGUGUCACUUAUUUGAUAACAAAAUACAUGUAGUUUUCAUUAUAUUGCAUGUGCAUACAAGGGGAGGGUACUAAUAAUAAGCCAACUUUGUUGUGCACACAGAUAAUAAUUAUUAAUCCCGAAGUUAAUUGGAUUUUGACUGACCUUUUCAAGGCAGUACCUAACAAUUCUUGAUAAACACCCUUUGUUUCAUAUAUAAUAUAUUGUGUUGUGUGUGGAGUGUGGAUUUUUUUUGUUCCGUGUUUCUCAUGUUGUGAAUGUGUUUUUUUUCCUGUUUGAUGUCAUUGGCGUUCACCCUGUGUCAUUAAACGUGUUUUUUUGCUGUUAAAACGUUCGACUACUCGACAAUUGUGUCUGUAGUUUUUCAUAUAAGUAUUUUAAUCAGAUAUAAAAAGACAUAUUAUUC